AUGGCUGAAACUGUUGCUAUUGAACUCGUCAAAGUCGUUUUUCAGAAGCUGACUGAUGAAGCCAUGAAGCGAAUUGCUCGCUCUCAGGGAAUUCACAACGAGCUGAAGGAAUUGAGGAGUACAUUGUCGCAUAUACAAGAUUUGCUUAAUGAUGCCUCUGAGAAGGAAGUGACAGAUAAAUCUGUCAAAAGAUGGCUGAAUGGUCUCCAACAUUUGGCUUAUGACAUCGAUGAUGUACUUGACGAUUUGGCUACCGAAGCUAUGCACCGUGAGCUGACCCUGGAAUCAGGAGCAGUUAUCUGCAGCAAGGUAAGAAAGCUCAUCCCCACAUGCUGCACAAAGUUCUCACUAAGUCAUAGGUUGUCUGCUAAGUUAGAUAGUAUUACCACCGAAUUACAACUCUUAGAAAAACAAAAAAAUGAUCUAGGUUUGAUUAAGAAAGAUGAAAAGCCAAAAAAUACUAGUAGAAGAAAUGAAACCUCUUUGCCAGAGCCUGAUGUUAUUGGAAGAGAAGUUGAGAAAAAGAAAUUUAUGAAGAUGUUGUUAGAAGAUGAUGGGUCAUCUAAGGAAAACUUUAGUAUCUUACCCAUAGUUGGUAUGGGUGGGGUUGGUAAGACCACUCUAGCUAGACUUUUGUAUAACGAUACAAAGGUGCAGGCUCACUUUGAGCUCAAGGUAUGGGUUUAUGUUUCUAGAGAGUUUGAUAUUUUUAAGAUAAGCGAUACCAUCCUUCAAUAUGUGACUAGGGAAAACAAUGAUGAACAAAAGGAUGAAAACAAGGAUAAAAAUAAGGAAUCUAAAGACUUAAAUCAGGUUCAGUUGGCUCUUCUAGAGAAAUUUAAGGAAAAACGAUUCCUAGUAGUAGUUGAUGAUGUGUGGAAUGAAAACUAUGACGAUUGGGAACAUCUAGUGCGCCCAUUUCGUGCAGGUGCUCAUGGAAGUAAGAUAAUCAUGACAACUAGAAACGAUCUAUUGCUCAAAAAACUAGGUUUUCAUCAUCUAGAUCGUCUCGAGCUUUUGUCGCAAGAAGAUGCUUUUUCGUUGUUUGCUCUACAUGUAGGUGUAGAUAGCUUUGACUUACACCCAACACUAAAAGCAUAUGGGGAAGGUAUUGUAAACAAGUGUGGUCAUUUGCCUUUGGCUAUAAAGGCAAUUGGAAGGUUAUUAAGGAGAAAGACAAAUGUAGAAGACUGGGAGGAUGUGUUGAAUAGUGAGAUAUGGGAUACAGAACAUGGUAAAGACAUCUAUCCAGCUCUUAGGCUAAGCUACCAUGACCUUUCUGCAGAUUUGAAGCAGUUGUUUGCAUACUGCUCCUUGUUCCCUAAAGGCUAUUUGUUUAACAAGGAGGAGUUGGUCUUAUUGUGGAUGGCCGAAGGGUUUUUGAACCCAUCAAAUGCAACCAAGUCACCAGAACGAUCUGGCCAUGAAUAUUUUGAAAUUCUGUUAUCUAGGUCAUUUUUUCAAUAUGCACCUAAUGAGGAAUUCUUGUUUAUAAUGCAUGAUUUGAUGGUUGACUUGGCCACCUUUGUUGCCGGAGAAUGUUUUCUAAGGUUUGACAAUCAUACGAAGACAAAGCCAGAUAAUUUGGAAAAGUAUCGCCAUAUGUCAUUUAUUCGUGAAAACUAUGUAGGUUAUCAUAAGUUUGAGGCAUUCACAGGAGCCAAAUGCUUGAGAACACUUUUAGCAGUAUCUAUUGAUGUGGAUCAGGGCUUUUAUUUAUCUAAUAAAGUUUUGAUUGACUUAUUGCCUAGGUUAUCAUUGUUAAGGGUUCUUUCUUUGAGUCAUUUUGCAAUAAGUGAGGUACCAAAUUCCAUAGGUGGUUUGAAGCACUUGCGGUAUCUUAAUUUAUCUGAAACUAGGAUAAAAGAGUUACCGGAGAAUGUUGGCAACCUUUAUAACCUACAGACAUUAAUUGUUUCUGGGUGUGGGUGGUUAACUAAGCUGCCUACAAGCUUCUUAAAGCUUAAAAGGUUACGACAUUUUGACAUAAGGGAUACUCCGUCUUUGCAGAAGCUGCCGUUGGGGAUUGGUGAGUUGGAAAGCCUACAGACUCUCACCAAGAUUAUCAUCGGACGAGAUGAUGGCAUAGAAAUAAAGGAGCUCAAGGGAUUAAGGAAUCUACAUGGUGAAGUUUCCAUUAAGGGGUUGCACAAAGUGCAAAGCGCAAGACACGCACGAGAGGCAAACUUAUCUCUAAAAAAGAUCACUCGAUUAGAGCUGCAAUGGGUUGAUGUGUUUGGUUGUUCUCAAAUAGGUACACUUGAAAAGCGGGUUCUCAAUGAGCUGAAGCCUAAUAGUGAUUCUUUGGAAGAGCUUUCAAUCAUGUCAUACAGGGGAACACUGUUUCCAAAUUGGAUUGGUGAUCCCUCUUUUCAUGAAUUGGUUGAUGUAUCUAUACGUGGUUGCAGAAAAUGCACAUCUCUACCCCCAUUAGGGCUACUGCCUUCUCUUAAGAGGUUGUAUAUUGAAGGCAUGGAUGAGGUUAAAAUCAUAGGUCUAGAGUUAACUGGGAGUGAUGUUAAUGCCUUUCCUUCACUUGAAGUUCUAACAUUCGCAGACAUGUCUGGUUGGGAGGGGUGGUCAACUAUAAAUGAGGGUUUUGUUGCAGUGUUUCGGAGCCUUAAAGAGAUACAUAUAAGAAGAUGUCCGAAAUUAAUUAACGUCUCAUUUCAAGCACUGCCUUCACUCAAGGUUCUUGAAAUAGAUAGAUGUGGUGAUGGUGUCUUGAGAAGUCUGGUUCAGGUAGCUUCAUCAAUCACUAAGUUGACAAUAAGUUCUAUCCAAGGGCUUACAUAUAAGGUGUGGAGAGGUGUUAUAGGACAUCUUAGGGAAGUUGAAGAACUAAGUAUUGAUAGAUGUAAUGAAAUAAAAUACUUAUGGGAAUCAGAAGCAAAGGCAAGUAAGCUUCUUGUGAAUUUAAAGAAAUUGAGAUUAGUGAAUUGUUCAGGUUUGGUAAGUUUAGGAGAGAAAGAGGACAGUUUUGGGAGCAACGCCCUAUUAUCUCUUAGAUUGUUGGAUGUAAGUUAUUGUGGUAGCAUAAAACAUUUAUGUUGUCUAAAUAACCUUGUGAGUUUGAAAAUUAGCUUAAGCAGAUGUGAUAAACUUCAGGUGGGAAGGAUCAACAACACAAGCAUGCCAAGGCUUGAAACCCUAAAUAUUAAUAAAUGGGAAAAUCUAAGAUCAAUCAGUGAAUUGAGUAACUCCACUCACCUCACCAGCCUGAGUAUAGAUUCUUGUCCACAUAUCGUGUCACUUGAUGACCUUCAGCUAUCAAACCUCACCAGUUUGUCAAUUACUAAAUGUAAAAGUCUGGUGUCAUUAUCUGAGCUAUCAAACCUCACAAGUUUGUCAAUUGUUGAUUGUGAAAGUCUGGUGUCGUUACCUGAGCUAUCGAAUCUCACCUUGUUAAAAGAUCUGGAAAUCAGCAGGUGUCCGGGAAUUGAUGUUUCGGUUCAUGGUGGGCUUUGGCCUCCCAAAUUGUGUUCCCUUGAAAUAGGGGGGUUGAAGAAGCCCAUAUCAGAGUGGGGGGAUCUGAAUUUUCCUCCUUCCCUUGUUCACCUAGAGUUAUCUUCUGAACCCCAAGUGAGUGAUUUUAGUCAAUUGUCCCAUCUUCUUCCUUCGUCACUCACUACAUUUGUGAUAAACUGGUUUCAUGAUUUGGAAUCACUUUCAACGGGGCUCCAACACCUCACAUCUCUUCAACAUCUCAGUAUUUGGAAUUGCCCAAAGGCGAAUGAUCUACCAGAAACGUUGUUACCUUCACUUUUGAGUUUGAGAAUAUAUGGUGAUUGCCCAAAAUUGGAAGAAAGGUGUAAAGGAAGAGGCUCCCACUACUGGCCCCUCAUCUCUCAUAUCCCCUGCAUCCAAAUAACAGAUUUCAGGUACAUUUUUUCUAAUACCCUCUAA